CAGCGGGCUGUGCGGCGGAGCGCGGGAGCAGCGACGGGAGAGAGCUGCGGGAUGGGAAUCCAUGGCCUGGCCAAGCUUAUUGCGGAUGUGGCACCUGCUGCCAUCCGGGAGAAUGACAUCAAGUCUUACUUUGGCCGGAAGGUGGCUAUAGAUGCCUCCAUGAGCAUCUACCAGUUCCUGAUCGCCGUGCGGCAAGGAGCUGAUGUCCUUCAGAAUGAGGAGGGUGAGACCACGAGCCACCUGAUGGGCAUGUUCUACAGGACCAUCCGCAUGGUGGAGAAUGGCAUCAAGCCAGUUUAUGUCUUCGAUGGCAAACCCCCUCAGCUGAAGUCAGGAGAGCUGGCAAAGAGAACCGAGCGCCGGGCUGAGGCUGAGAAACACCUUCAGGAGGCUCAGGAGGCUGGAGAGGAGAACAACAUUGAGAAAUACAGCAAGAGGUUGGUCAAGGUGACCCAGCAGCACAAUGAUGAGUGCAAGAAGUUGCUAACCCUGAUGGGAAUCCCCUAUGUGGAGGCACCAGGGGAGGCUGAAGCCAGUUGUGCUACCUUGGUGAAGGCUGGGAAGGUCUAUGCAGCUGCUACAGAAGAUAUGGAUUGUCUGACCUUUGGCAGUCCUGUGCUGAUGAGGCAUCUCACUGCCAGCGAGACAAAGAAGCUGCCCAUCCAGGAGUUCCACCUGAACCGUAUUCUGCAGGAUAUGGAGCUGACCUGGGAGCAGUUUGUGGAUCUCUGCAUCCUCCUGGGCUGUGACUACUGCGCAAGCAUCCGCGGCAUCGGGCCCAAACGUGCUGUUGAGCUCAUCAAGGAGCAUAAAACCAUUGAGAAGAUCAUUCAGCAGAUAGACACCAAGAAGUACCCUCUGCCUGAGAACUGGUUGCACAAAGAGGCCCAGAAGCUCUUCUUAGAGCCUGAUGUGGUCAACCCUGACACUGUUGAGCUGAAGUGGACGGAGCCAGAUGAGGAGCAGAUUGUCCAGUUCAUGUGUGGGGAAAAGCAGUUCAAUGAGGAGCGGAUCCGUAACGGGGUGAAGAGGCUGAGCAAGAGCCGUCAGGGCAGCACACAGGGCAGGCUGGAUGACUUCUUCAAGGUGACAGGCUCCAUCACAUCAGCCAAACGCAAAGAGCCAGAGACCAAGGGGUCAGCAAAGAAGAAAGCCAAGACCAACAACGCCGCGGCCUCAAAGACCAAAAAGGGGAAAUAGCCAGAGUGGUUCAUCACAUUCUGCAGGAUAUGGAGCUGACUGAGAUUGGCUUUUAUGUUCAACCAGGAAUUGUAGGCUAAUAACAAACUGUAAUUUCUCUGUCCUGUGUGUUAGAGCUAAGAAGGAUGCUGGCCAAGCACUUCCUGACAGGCUAGGUUAGUGAAUCAGACGCUGCAGCAGCAGUAAUGCAUGAGAGCUGAAAUGACCACAGUGGGGGAGCUGGAGGGGAGGAAUUGGUUUUGGAAUAACAGCAUUCAGCGUUUUGGAACUUCUGCUAAAGCCACCAGGACUGGAGGUGAAACCCAGGCUGUAGAGAUAAAGGGAGGUGCUGCUGAUAAGCACCCUCUGUGAUUUAAAAAAUAAAGAGUUAAACACUUAGAGAGCAAACUUGAGUCCAAAUGGUGGAGGUUUUCUGACACAAUGCAUCAGGAGGGCAGGCAGGUGCAAGCAGCAGAGGCUGAAGAAGAAACCUUAGAUGUGAACUGAAGGCAGGCUGGGGUUGGGAAGGAGACCUGAAAUAACAAAGUGAAUUUGCUUUAAUGAGGUUUGGGUACAGGUUCUUUGUUUAAUAUAAGACUGGAAUCUCAGUUCCAGCAACAUUCUGUCCCCCCUCUUAGUGUCUAAACUGAGGACAAGGUGAGGCUGCAGCUCUCCCAGCCUGAAUUCUGCUGCCAGGUUCUGAUUUAUGUUUAGAAAGAAAGAUGUCAAUUAACCUAGAAUAGAAACCUCAUUCCCUGAUUCUAUGAAGCAUCCUUCCACAAUGUGCACACAGAGACAGGUCCUGGGCUAAGAAAAAGAUAGUGCUGCUUUCUUGUCUUGUUUUUAUUUUAUUCUCUGUUUUGCAUAGUUCCUUGUUCUUGGGGUUUGUUUUGAGAAUAAAAUUUAUACACAAACA